CUCUUCUCUAUAGUUUGGGUGACAACACAAAGCCAAACAAACACAAUGGUGUGUUGAUCACUCUCCCUUCUCUCUUCCUCUUUCUCCAUUUGAUGUCUCUCCCCACCAAACGGUCGGGCACCGCUGGUUCCUCCCCGUCGCCGCCACCCCCUAUGAAAAAGGCCAAGUCGCUCCUCCUACGCGCCCCCUCCGACGACGCCGUUUUGGACUCUUCCUCCAUGCCUCUCGACGACGAUCUCCCCAAUGCCCGCGCCGCCAAUCUUUCCCGCAAGAAAGCCACCCCGCCCCAACCCGCCAAGAAGCUCCUCAUCAAGCUCCACAAAGCUAAGCCAACACUGCCCACAAAUUUUGAGGAGGAUACAUGGGCAAAACUAAAGUCUGCCAUUUGUGCUAUAUUUUUGAAGCAACCUAACUCCUGUGACUUGGAGAAGCUUUAUCAGGCUGUGAAUGAUCUCUGCCUUUAUAAAAUGGGUGGAAAUCUUUAUCAACGAAUAGAGAAGGAGUGUGAAUCACAUAUAUCUGCAGCGUUGCAGUCUUUGGUUGGCCAGAGCCCAGAUUUAGUUGUUUUCCUCUCUUUAGUUGAGAGAUGUUGGCAGGAUCUUUGUGAUCAAAUGUUGAUGAUUCGUGGUAUAGCCUUGUAUCUGGACAGGACCUAUGUGAAACAAACGGCAAAUGUACGGUCAUUAUGGGACAUGGGCUUACAACUUUUCCGCAAACAUCUUUCAUUGUCUCCUGAAGUAGAACACAAAACUGUUACUGGUCUUCUUCGAAUGAUUGAAAGUGAAAGAAAAGGUGAAGCGGUGGAUAGAACCCUUCUAAACCAUCUUUUGAAGAUGUUUACUGCUCUGGGAAUUUAUGCGGAAAGCUUUGAGAAGCCAUUCCUUGAAUGCACAUCUGAAUUUUAUGCUGCUGAAGGUGUGAAAUACAUGCAGCAAUCAGAUGUUCCAGAUUAUUUGAAGCAUGUGGAGAUAAGAUUGCAAGAAGAGCAUGAAAGAUGCUUGAUCUACUUGGAUGCAAGUACUAGGAAGCCAUUGAUAGCAACAGCAGAAAAACAACUUCUUGAACGUCAUAUACCUGCCAUCCUUGAUAAGGGCUUUGCAAUGCUUAUGGAUGGGAAUCGUAUCGAAGACCUUCAGAGAAUGUAUUCACUCUUUUUAAGGGUCAAUGCCCUUGAGUCAUUGAGGCAGGCAAUUAGUUCAUACAUCAGGAGAACUGGUCAGGGCAUUGUUUUGGAUGAGGAGAAGGAUAAAGAUAUGGUUUCAUCCCUUUUGGAAUUUAAGGCUUCUCUUGACACAACAUGGGAAGAAAGCUUUUCCAAGAAUGAAGCAUUCUGUAACACCAUCAAAGAUUCAUUUGAGCACCUCAUCAAUCUUCGUCAGAACCGGCCUGCAGAGUUGAUUGCCAAGUUUUUGGAUGAAAAACUUCGUGCAGGUAACAAGGGAACUUCAGAAGAAGAGUUAGAGGGCACACUUGAUAAAGUCCUGGUUUUAUUCAGGUUCAUACAGGGCAAGGAUGUGUUUGAGGCAUUUUAUAAGAAAGAUCUUGCUAAAAGACUACUGUUAGGAAAGAGUGCUUCUAUUGAUGCUGAGAAAUCUAUGAUCUCCAAGUUGAAGACCGAGUGUGGCAGCCAGUUCACUAACAAACUAGAAGGGAUGUUUAAGGACAUUGAAUUGUCUAAAGAAAUAAAUGAGUCCUUCAAACAGUCAUCUCAGGCUAGGACAAAACUCCCAUCAGGGAUUGAAAUGAGUGUUCAUGUCUUGACAACUGGGUACUGGCCAACAUAUCCACCCAUGGAUGUUAGACUUCCUCAUGAAUUGAACGUUUACCAGGAUAUUUUCAAAGAAUUCUAUCUAAGCAAGUACAGUGGAAGGCGUCUGAUGUGGCAAAAUUCAUUAGGUCACUGUGUAUUAAAGGCUGAGUUUCCUAAAGGGAAAAAGGAGCUGGCUGUCUCCCUAUUUCAGACUGUUGUGCUGAUGUUAUUCAAUGAUGCUGAGAAACUAAGUUUUCAAGAUAUCAAGGACUCUACUGGUAUUGAGGACAAAGAACUGAGAAGGACUCUGCAAUCACUUGCCUGUGGAAAAGUUCGUGUCCUACAAAAGUUGCCAAAGGGUAGAGAUGUGGAGGAUGAUGACUCAUUUGUUUUUAAUGACAUAUUUACAGCUCCUCUGUACCGUAUAAAGGUGAAUGCAAUUCAGUUGAAGGAGACAGUCGAGGAGAACACAAGCACCACUGAAAGAGUUUUCCAAGACCGUCAGUAUCAGGUUGAUGCUGCUAUUGUGAGGAUAAUGAAGACUAGGAAAGUGCUUAGUCAUACCCUUCUUAUUACCGAACUCUUCCAACAGCUGAAAUUUCCAAUAAAACCAGCGGACUUGAAGAAAAGGAUCGAAAGCCUGAUUGACAGGGAGUAUCUUGAGAGGGACAAGAACAACCCUCAAAUAUACAAUUAUCUGGCAUAGUUUAUUUUACUUCAUUUCACAUUUUAAAGUUUCUUUUGUUUAAUGACGUGGGUAAAGCUCUAUGUUUACUCCCUUGUCAUUUAUGUACAGUAACAACGGAUUCUCCCCACUCCUCUAUUUUUCUUUCCCUUCAUUUAUGGACAACUGUACUUUAAUUGUAAAGCAUAUUCUACCCUUUGAAUUUCUUUUCAUUUAGAUCA